AUGGCUGUCUUUCUUGAGGCCCCCAUCUCUCUAGAUGAAAUUAAAGCAGCAAUAUGGGCAUGUGGUUCAGAUAGAGCUCCUGGACCUAACGGGUUCUCGUCUACUUUGCUAAAAAAGCAUUGGGAUGUGAUUGGAAACGACUUCUACUUUGUAGUAAAAUAUUUUGAAGCCACGGGAGUCAUCGACAAGGGCUGUAAUGCAUCCUUCAUCACCCUCAUACCAAAAGUCCAGGACCCCAUAUCGAUGUGUGAUUUCAGGCCCAUUAGUUUAAUCGGGUGUCUAUAUAAAACCGUUUCAAAGAUCCUUGCGGAAAGACUUAAGAAGGUGAUUCAUUUGGUGGUUAGCCCAGUACAGAUGGCUUUUAUCAAGAGCAGAUACAUCCUGGACGGAACUCUAAUCCUAAAUGAAGUUAUCGCUUGGCUAAAAAAGAAUACGAAGGUAGCUUUUGCAUUUAAAGUCGACUUCGAGAAAGCUUUCGACUGCCUCAGCUGGGAAUAUCUUGAUUCGAUUUUGCAGCAGAUGGAAUUUGAGGACAAGUGGCGGUCAUGGAUCCACGGUUGCCUAUCUUCUACUAGAAUUUCGGUUCUAAUAAAUGGGUCUGCUACUUCUGAAUUUUGUAUGGAGCGUGGUAUCAGGCAAGAAUUAUUGGCCCGUUAUAGUAAUUGCUCCAUUGGAUCCUUUCCCUUCAUAUACCUUGGUCUGCCGGUUGGUGCUUCUAUGGCUAGAGUGACAUACUGGAACCCUAUAAUAGAGAAAUUUCAAGCGAGAUUAUCAAAAUGGAAGGCCACCAAUCUAUCUUUUGGUGGGCGCUUAACACUGUGUAAAGUUGUGUUGACUAGUCUUAGCACCUUUUAUUUCUCUAUAUAUAAAGCCCCGGUUAAAGUUAUAAAAACUCUCGAGAAGAUUAGGAUGCGGUUCUUUUGGGGGGGAGAUGCAACCUCCAAGAAAAUGGCUUGGAUAUCUUGGGACAAAAUCCUGGCUGAUAAAGAUAGAGGUGGGCUUGGAAUUGGCAGUUUAAAGGCCCAAAAUUUAGCUCUGUUGGGCAAAUGGUGGUGGAGAUUCAUGAACUAUCCUGAGAAUACGUGGGCGGAGGUGAUAAAAUCUAUUUAUGGAGAUGAUGGGGGUUUCGACAGGCCAUCAGUUGCGAAGAAGAAAAGUGGCUGCUGGGGCACCAUUGCAAAUAUUCCAAAAGUUCUAGAAAAGGAUAGUGUAUCUUUUUCAAAUCAUUUUCAUCGGUCUCUGAAUCCCAAUGGGGUUCUCAAAUGGUCUUGGUCACUCGAACCUUCUGGGGUAUAUUCGGUUGGGUCUCUAAGAUGUUACAUUGACAAACUCUCUCUUCCAGCUAGCGAUGGCAUAUGGAUCUGCCAUGGAGCUCCGGAAUCUAAACAACAUAUUUUUUUAGAGUGUCCGGUUUCGAGGGAGGUUUGGCAGCUUAUCUGCAAAUGGUGGCGGUUGUUGGGUUAUCCUCUUGUUUCAACCCGUGACUUGCUACAAUGUAAAGGGAAUAUAACAGGGCAUCAAAGGCUAGCAUGGAUUCAUGAAGCUAUAAUGCUAACUUUUAUCUGGGUGAUCUAG